AUGCCACAACGACAAGGCAAACGAAAUGGUUUGAGAACAAACACAACAUUGCGUUGUAAUGAAUUCGAGCGAAAAGCUAAUCGAGGUGACUUUAUUAUUAAUAAAGAAACUGGUAUUACAUUAUCUUUAUCAAAAUCGAAACGAUGGCAGAUGCUAGAUGAUGAAGAAAAUUCAUUUCCAAUUCGAAAAACAAUACCUAGGCAUAUGGAAUCUAAUAAUAGACCUAGUCUAUAUAGACCCGCUUCCUCUCAUGCUGGUUAUUUUGAUGAUUUCGAUCGAGCACGGUAUUAUCAAACGAUUAAUAGUACACGAUGUGAUAGAAAACUAGAAGAAGAACCAAUCGAUUCAUGGAUUGAUUUAUCGUUUAAAAAGCAUGAAUAUCCUCUACAACGACAAUUAUAUAAGAAUCAUGCUACGCCAUGUAAAGCGUGCCUUCGUACCGGUGGAGUUAUACUAUUUCGAGGACGUGGUAAAAAAUCCUCAAGAAAAACAAAAGGAAUGAAAUCGUAUCAUUGGAAAGACUGGCAAGAUGAAUUCAAUCUAUGA